UGGACAUCGACAUCGCCCAUCGAUACUAGUGAUAUCCCUCGACUAACCGUCGAAUCAUUCGUCGACCUUGUGUAUAUAUAAGACCUCGCGAGCUCCAGGCUUUCAGCGCAUUACUUUUGCUCAGAAAGACCGCUUCGAACUAUGUCGGAUCCAACGUCGCAAUCCAACUAUCUUCAGAUCUAUACGUCCAAUGUAGAUUUCGACUGGACGAUUGACUUUGCCACGAAGACCAUUUCUGGCUCGGCCACUCAUACACUCAUAGCAGUAGAAGAUGAAGUCAAGACUGCCAUCUUUGACACCAUCGGCUUGAAGAUUCAUAAGAUUGAGGUAGAUGGAAAGAAGGCUGAGUAUACACUAGGAGCAAAGCAUGAAGUCAUGGGACAGGCUCUGACGGUGACCCUUCCGUCCACGGUCUCGAAAGGAUCCAAGACGUCUCUAAAGGUCUACUACGAUACCACGGAGAGUGGUUUGGCCGUACAGUGGCUCGAAAAAGAACAAACACAAGGAAAUACCUUUCCGUACUUGUUCAGUCAGUGCCAGCCCAUAUAUGCCAGAUCUUUAGCGCCUCUGCAAGAUACACCGUCACUCAAGAUCACCUAUACUGCUAAAGUCACCUCCGUUCUUCCCGUUCUUUUGUCUGCCAUCCGUGUUUCGCCUCCUUCGGAGGGCCCUGCGCACGAUGGUAAAGAGAUCGGGAAAGAUUCCGUCACAUAUGUCUACAACCAACCUGUCGGAAUCCCCUCGUAUCUCAUCGCGAUCGCGAGUGGUAACUUGAGAUACAGGGCCUUCAAGCAAUUUGAAGGACGAGCAUGGAAGACCGGAAUCUGGGCUGAGCCAGAGAUCAUGGAGGAGUCAUUCUGGGAGUUCAGUGAAGAUACUGCCCGCUUUCUGGCGAAAGAAGAAGAUAUUGUCGGGGAUUAUCGAUUUGGAGUCUAUGAUCUGUUGGUCUUGCCUCCCUCUUUUCCUUAUGGUGGCAUGGAAAACGCUUGCCUUUCGUUCUUGACGCCUACGUUACUCACCGGUGAUCGGUCUCUUGUGGACGUCGUCGUACACGAGCUCACGCACUCCUGGUUCGGCAACGGCGUAACCCAUGCUGAGGCUACGCACUUCUGGCUCAACGAAGGCUGGACGACCUAUAUCGAGCGUCUCCUACAGCAAUAUCUUCACUCCCCAGCCGAGCGCGGGUUCUCGUUUCUGAUCGGUUCAUCUGGACUCUACGAGGCUCUCAAAGAGUACAGCGAUAGACCCAAGUACCAGAGGCUAGUCAUCGAGUUCGAAAAGGGAGAAGACCCGGACGAUGCAUACAGCCAGGUGGCGUAUGAGAAAGGCUCUAAUUUCAUCCUCUAUCUCGAGAAAACUCUAGGAGGUUUGGAUGUUUUCCUGCCAUAUGUCCGUGACUAUGUCAACACCUUCAUUGGUCAAAGUAUCACAACAGAUAUGUGGAAAUCGCAUCUGCUUGCCUACUUCGAGAAGCAUGGUGGCGAGGCCCAGAAACAGGCCCUCAAAACUGUCGAUUGGGAUGCCUGGCUUUACGGAGAAGGUUUGAGGCUCCCUGUGGAGCCAGAAUACGACAUCAGCCUUGCCGAACCUGCGCAUGAUCUUGCAGCGAGAUGGGAUGCCGCUCGCGAUGUCUCAGACCUCAAAAAGCUGGACUUCACGGAAUUCGAUAUCAAGGACUUCAGCUCGAACCAAAAGGUUGUCUUCCUCGAACAACUUCGGACCUACAAGCCCCUCCCUGCGGCUCAUUUGCGCUAUUUGGGUGGUCUCUACCAGGUGUCAACCACUGCGAACGCCGAAAUCCGCCUCCGAUUCUAUAAUCUCGCCCUCAAUAUCGCAGACCUCACCUCGCCGUUGGCACAUGAGUUCGCGGAAGAGGCUCUCAACUGGGUGACAGGUCGCGAGAAGUCACCGUCUGGGCCUGGCGUGCUUAAAGGCAGAAUGAAGUUCUGCCGACCUGCAUUCAAAGGGGCAGCGAAGGUGGACAAGGAGAAGGCCAAGAAGUAUUUCGAGGAGACCAAGCUGAAUUUCCAUCCGAUUGCGAGGAAGCUUCUGGAGAAGGAUCUUGACUCAGUUUAGCGUGAUUGAGAAAGUUGAGUACGGUAGGACGGCAUAAGCAGUCAUGUAACAGGAAUGAUGUACAAGAACAAUGUGAUGUAUAGUCGAAUGGGGUAAGCAUCAAUAUGCAAAGCAUUGUCGAAUACCGUUAUGAAGUCGACAAGACGUUUGACUUGAGAAUGGCAGAAUAUUAUCUGACCUCCAUGGCUCGUGCACCACUGCUACUCCCCUGAUCUUGACUUUCAUCGAUGUAACAGCCUAGAGUUUCACUCCAUACAUAUUCGUGGUUCAAGAUCUUGGUGAUAGUCUUGUAGGCCUCGACAUUGGCAUACGGGACGUUCGUCCGCGGAUCCAAGUAUGGCGCAGGGAGCCCAGUAAUCGGACACGUUUGCGUGGGUCGUGCUUCGACAAGUCGGAAUGCAAUUGGUAUAAAAUGUGACUGCAAGGACAUGCAGUGGCGCACCUAAUGGUCUGCCCUUGCUGGCGUAUACCCUCAAGUCUUCCCACUUGACAUGGUCGCCGAACAUGGCAGCCAUCGUCUCUUUCCAUUGCGGCACUGGGGCAUCUUCGUCUUGCCCAAUUUCGUGAAUGACGUAAUUAGCUUCUUGCGUCACGGUCUUCGCUAUCUUCUGAGGUUGCACGGGUGGAAUCUGGGGUGGAACAUAGG